AUGCGAAGAAACAUCUCCAAUAACUUCAUCGCCUCAGACCGCAACGGCAUCGUGGAAAGCCGACACAUCGUCCAUGCAGCCAUCACCGACGCCGCAGGCACUCUCCUCUAUGCCGUCGGUGACCCAUCCCGCAUGACUCUCGUCCGCUCCGCAGCCAAACCAGCACAAGCACUCGCAAUCCUCGAAACAGGCGCAGUAGACACCUUCUUCGACGAUGGCGACCUGGCCUUUAUGUGUGCCUCGAACAGCAGCGAGGACCACCACAUCGCCCGCGCUCGCAGUAUGUUGGCCAAAGUCGGCGCUUCCGAGGAUGAUCUCCGCUGCGGUCCUCAUGUGCCUAUUUCUGAGGCCGUGCAGCGAGCGUGGAUUAAGAAUGAUUUCACGCCUACGCCUGUCUGUAGUAAUUGCUCUGGCAAACAUGUGGGGAUGAUUGCGGGUGCCAAGGUGUUGUCUGGUGAUGCGACGGAUUAUCAUUCGUCGAGCCAUCCUGUUCAGGUCUAUGUCAAGCGUGUUGUAGAGGAUGUUUGUGGGCUCGCUGAGGAGGGAGCUCUAUGGGGUCUUGAUGGAUGUAAUCUUCCUACUCCGGCUUUCCCUUUGCAUUAUCUCUCUCGCAUGAAUGCGAAAUUUGCGGAGGCGGCUGAUCUCGUGGCUCAAGGUGAUGCUUCAUCGAGAACGAAGGCGUUGAGUAGAGUCUUUCAUGCUAUGUGGCAAUAUCCUGAGCUUGUUGCUGGGGAGGAUCGGUUUUGUACUGUCCUGAUGACUGCGUUCAAGGGUCUGUUGAUUGGGAAGCUUGGGGCAGAUGGAUGUUAUGGAAUCGGUGUGAGGGAGUGUGAGCAGACAAGAUGUCUUGGAGCCAAGGGGGCGAUUGGCAUCUCGGUGAAGAUUGAAGAUGGUAAUAUCGCCGUCCUUUAUUUGGCUGUGGCGGAGAUUCUGGAGCAGCUGAAGAUUGGAGAUCCUGAAAUGCGUCAGGCGCUUUCUAUAUUCCAUCACCGGAAGAUCUUGAAUACGGUCAAUAUUGAGACUGGCAAGUUCACGCCUUGCUUUCAAGUGCGUGCCGAAUGA